GAGAGAGAGAGAGAGAGAGAGACCAUCGGCAGACAGACAGAAAAAAAAAAAGAAAACGCAAAUCGCGAGUGCGGUAAUCGGCGUUUAAACUUUGCCCGCUCUUUUAUAUUCUCCGUUCGAGCUGUCUAUUCUCGAACGAACGUUAUCUUAUCUUUUCACUUUAUUCGCGUUUGUCAUUUACGUUUUCUGCUUGUAUCGAAUUAGUCGUGGAACUUUUAUUUACCCGCGUGUUCGAACAAGUUCGCGUCGCGAAACGGUUCAACGAGCAACAUGUUGGAUACGAAAUUUCACGUCGUAAAGAAAGCGGCGUUCGACGAAGUCGUAGGAGGAUCCGAUGAAUUUGCUGAACAAUUUUCCGAGGAGUGGCCGAUCCGAGGAGUGAUCUCGCGCGCUAUUGAUUUCGUAACUCGGUAUCGAAUCGACCGAUUCGACGAACUUGUUCUCUAUCGCGACUGUUGAUUGUCGUUUGGCAGAGAUAGAAAGAGAGACAGAGAGAGACA